CACCACAUACACAAGAAAGGGAUGGAGAUAAGAUUGUUGGGGAAGAAGGUGGAAAGAAGAAAAGAGAAAAGAUGGCUUCAUCUCUUUUCUCCCCAGUCACCAGCGGCUCAUUUCCUUGGCAUCUCAAAUGCGGUUUCUCCCCUCACACUCGCCUUUCAUCCCUCCAUAAAAACAGGCUGAGAUGCAGCUUUUCUCCGGAGGACAUUCCUGUUGAUUUUGUUGGCCAGUCUCUCUCUCAUUAUCUCCCUGCUUUCAACGAUACGCAGAAAUGGGCAUCCUUGGGACUUGUGUGGUUUUACCUGACGGCGAGGCCUGGUGUUCUCGUCGGGGCCAUUGACGCCUACCUCCUCGCUCCACUCCAGCUCGGGCUUGACACUCUGAUCGGGACAAGGAGGUUUAAGAGGUCCGAUUUCUUGGUGACAGAGAAGCUUGGGGAAGGGUCUUUCGGAGUGGUGUAUUCUGGGGUACUUCUCCCAAAGAAUUCAAGCGUAGAUGAGGCGAGGCUUAUGAACAAGGCCACACUUAAAUCUUUGGUGGGGGAAGAGUUUAAGGAGAGGGUCAUUCUCAAGCAGGUUAAGCUUGGGGUCCGAGGUGCUCAGGAAUUCGGCGAGUUCGAAGAGUGGUUCAACUACAGACUCUCACGCGCUGCUCCUGACACCUGCGCUGAGUUUCUCGGUAGCUUUGUCGCCGACAAGACCAAUACUAUGUUUACUAAAGGCGGCAAAUGGCUCGUCUGGAGGUUCGAGGGAGACCGUGAUCUGGCUGAUUACAUGAAAGAUCGGACCUUUCCUUCCAAUCUCGAGUCCAUCAUGUUUGGCCGCGUUCUUCAAGGUGUGGAGUCUGUGAAACGUCGUGCACUCAUCAUUAAGCAGAUCAUGCGCCAGAUCAUUACAUCUCUGAGGAAGAUCCAUGAUACCGGCAUUGUUCACAGGGACGUUAAGCCCGCCAACUUGGUGGUUACAAAGAAGGGUCAGAUUAAGCUCAUAGACUUCGGUGCUGCUGCUGAUCUUCGCAUCGGCAAGAAUUACAUCCCUCAACGCACUUUGCUUGAUCCUGACUACUCUCCUCCUGAGCUCUAUGUCCUCCCCGAGCAAACCCCUAGUCCUCCUCCCGAGCCUAUUGCCGCCUUGCUUUCCCCCAUUCUCUGGCAGCUCAACAGUCCGGAUCUGUUUGAUAUGUACUCUGCUGGGAUUGUGCUUCUGCAAAUGGCCGUUCCGUCCAUAAGAUCUUCUGCUGGUCUGAAGAAUUUCAAUCUAGAGAUCAAGUCACUUGAAUAUGACCUGAAUAGAUGGCGGGACAGGACUCGGACGAGGCCAGACUUGACCAUACUAGACCUGGACUCAGGCACAGGGUGGGACCUCGUCACUAAACUUAUAUCCGAGAGAGGUUCUCUGAGACGCGGACGCCUUUCAGCCGCUGCUGCUCUCAGACACCCUUAUUUUUUCUUGGGUGGUGAUCAGGCUGCUGCUGUUCUUUCUAAGCUUAGUUUCAGCAGCAAGUAAUUUCUUAUCAUGUACACAACUCUCUGUUCCUCGAAUAAACUACUCUUUUUUUUUUCUAGUAUAUGCUCUGCUUCUCGAUUCACAAUCAAACCAGCCUGAAGAAGGUAUGUUUGUAUUUAUACAUGUCUGGUCUGGAAUGAAAUUUCUCAUUUCUCAA